GCUAGGAGUAGGAUCGAGGAGUAGGUACAUGUGUGCGUAUUAUUCGCAUGGCGCUAGCUAGACCUUAGAGGAUCUAGCAUCAGCUCCCUCCGUUGCUACAUCGGUAGCUGUGCGGUGAAGCAAUUAUUGAACAGCUUUGUGAUUUCGAUAUCAGCACUUCGCAAACCACUUCCAAGUUGCAUGAGGCUUGGACUGGAUUAAUCUGUGAUCUCCCCGAUGGCGCUCCUGGCUCAAAGAAAGCUGGCUGGUCUGCAUCUGUUUGCGAAGCGGGAAGCCAAAAAAGUGGCAUUCUGUUCAGAGCUGCCGACCCUUAGUGUGCAGACAUAUCUCCUCUCUCGCCUGUUGUCUCACAUCCAGACUCCACCGCCAGGCAUUGCUUUGUCAACACCACAGACAGCGAUUCAUGUGCAGUCAGUAAACGCCGUUGCUCUUAGUAUGACAAAUGGUUCGGAACAAGCCCGUGAGAGACAAGACUCCCAUUCUCAGGCUACCAGCUCACACUUCCACGCAGCGCCUUCACCUCCGGAGACCAAAUGCUGGCCAAAUGGCGGAGGCAUGGUCCAUCAAGAAGCAGAUGUGCAUUUCAGUGCUUUCAUAGAACACGGUGCUGUGGUCCAAAGGGGGGCGGUGGUUGAGAAGGAUGUGCGGAUUGGUGCCUGCUCUGUUGUAGGACCCGAUGUGAGAAUUGGUGAAAGGACAGUUCUCUGGCACAAUGUGUCAUUACUGCACUGCACCAUUGGACGCGAUUGCAUACUGCACAACGGUGUCUCCGUAGGUCAAGACGGCUUUGGAUUCUUUGUCAACGAGAAGGGGGAGAUGAUAAAGAAGCCUCAGGAACUCAACGUAAUCAUUGGAAACAACGUGGAAAUCGGGGCCAAUAGCUGCGUUGACCGCGGAAGCUGGCGGGAUACAGAGAUUGGGGACCACACGAAGAUUGACAAUUUGGUGCAGGUUGGCCACAACGUCAAGAUCGGGCGCUGCUGUAUCCUCUGUGGGCAUGCGGCCAUCGGGGGGUCGGCCGAGCUCGGCGACUAUGUGGUGAUGGGCGGGAAGGCGGGGAUAGCCGACCACGUCAAAGUGCAUCCGCAGGUACGACUAGCUGCGAAGACGGGGGUAAUGUCCGACAUCAAAGAGAAAGGCGAUUAUGCCGGCUUUCCAGCGGUACCGGCUCGAGAGUGGAGACGUUCAGCAAUUGCGGUCCGGAAAUUGGGGCGAGACGCCAAAAAAAGGACCAAGGAAGCGCCAGCCUGACGUCUGGAAGCCGCAUGGUGAUUAGUCGUCUUCAUGGCUCAAGCUCGUACUCAGCCCCGGAGGUUCGAUUCUGUGGGUUGGGUUUCGAAAUGUUCCAUUCCAUCCUCUUCAGUGAUUGCGGAGAUGUGCCGCAGUUUGCACGCAUGUGCAGGACGUGUACUACGCACUAAGCCAUGUUGCAGAUCUAUUCCAGUCGGAAGCGUGCGACAAAUUCGACUAGGCCCGAGGAUGGAAUCGCACUGAGUUACACGCAAAGCAAUAUGGACGUCUCACCAAGGACAUUCGGAGAUGGUCACCAGUUCUGCACUUUGCAUGCUACUAGUCACGUCUAAGUAAAUUUUCAUGUUGUCAGGGCGGAACUUCCAUAAGCAGCAUUCGGCGCCUCCAUUGCUAAUCUGUGAAAAGGCACACAUGUACCGUG